CAUUAAUCUUGCUGGACAUUUCAGUGUUUUCCACAGGAAAUUAUGUGGCACAGGCAGUUCUUAUUUGAAUUAUUUAAUCAAAUACAAUGUUUGAAUAAAUGUCACGUAUUGCCUUAACUAACCAGAAAAUGACAUUUUAGAAGAUUAAAUAAAGCUCCCCGUUUUUGUUUAUGAUAACAAAAAGUAUGUUUUUAUCACAUUUCUUUUGCUCAGCUUAUGGGGAGCCGCCACAGUCUCAUUUAUUAACGGGAAACAUUAACAAGAUAACUGCAUACUUUUUGGACAUAAUUAGGGUUUCUUGCGUGAAAUAAUUGCUUAAUUGUUGCAUAACUGUAAAGCCUUUCUUCAAGUAACACCUAGUAAUUGACUGCUUGCAGUGUCAGUGGCUCUCCUUUCACAAAAACAAAAAAGUUAAAGCAAAGUGUGAAAUUAUAUUAUUCUGCUAUUUGGGUUCUUUGCACGUAAGCCACGCACAGGGAGGGUUAUUUCCUGUGUCGGCGGCGGAGGGAUAGCUGUGUCUCUGUGACGCGGCCCGCUGAAGUCAAUUGAGAUUUCCAUUAGCGGCGGAGGGAUACGCGCUAUUAGCUUCCCAUACAAUUCAGUGAGAACUAGUGUGAAUCUGCAGCAAGGGAGAAACAUGGCGACUUCGCAGCAUGAGGGGCAAGCAAAUCAACUCGAUCUACUCAUCAGAGCCGUGGAGGCCUCUGUCCAUGGCUCCAGUAUCCACUGCUCAGACAAAACCAUUGAAGCAGCCGAGGCUCUGCUGCACAUGGACUCUCCCUCCAGCCUCAGGGAGGACCGCAGCCCAGACUUCCUUCACGCUGCCAUGCGCCCAGACAUGUACGCAGAGACAGAAGUGGAGAUUACGACAGAAGACUGUUGUGAUGAUGAAGAUGAGGAGAUGGUCACUUUGAUAGAGGAACCUGAGCCGGACCAUGAGCCAAUCAGGAAGAAGAGAGUUGGAAGAAAGCCAAAGCCGUUUUCACCCGACUCUCCAGAUCUCGGCAUCAAGAAGAAAUCUAGAGAGGGCAGAGCAGGAUCCACCACUUACCUUUGGGAGUUUCUAUUGGACCUGCUCCAGGACAAAAACACGUGUCCCAGAUACAUCAAGUGGACCCAGAGGGAAAAGGGCAUCUUUAAACUGGUCGACUCCAAAGCUGUAUCCAGACUGUGGGGGAAACAUAAGAACAAACCUGAUAUGAACUACGAGACCAUGGGCAGGGCUCUGCGAUAUUACUACCAGCGGGGAAUUCUUGCCAAAGUGGAAGGGCAGCGCUUGGUUUAUCAAUUUAAAGAAAUGCCAAAAAACAUUGUGAUUAUUGAUGACAACAAGGCGGAUAUGACGGAGGAUCUGAUCAGCUCUGAAUCACCUGCGUCAUAUGAGCGCGUGCCCCCUCCACCCAACCUCCUACUCAAGUCUGAGCCAACUACACCUACAAAACCCAACAUCCUGAGAGGCAGCAAGUCCAACAUCACUGUCAAUGCUGUGAACAAGCCAGCAGGGGGCAGCACUCCCGUCUUACCAGCUAGUCACAGAGGAGCCAUGGUGGAUUCAAGCAAAACGCCACAGUCUCACGCUGCCAUCAUCACUAAUGCCACAGGGCCAAGGGCGGUGAGGGUAGCUAUGCAGGUCCCAGUGAUGAUGACCACGUCUCUGGGGCAGAAGAUCUCCACUGUAGCGAUGCAGCCGAGUGGGACGACUGCCGGCCACACCACCCUCCUCACAAACACCUCUCCCAUCAGUGCUGUGCCCAAUGCAAACUCACAACAAAAGGUUGUGAUCCAAACCCUCCCGACCAUGGUACCGGCCACAGCUGAAAAUGGAGACAAAAUUACGGUGCAACUCGCCAAAAUCAUCACUAUCCCGGCACAUCAGCUGGCACAGUGCCAGCUCCAGACCUCGGGGUCCAAACCCGGCGUGGGCUCCUCUGCAGGGGGCAUCAGUCUCGUGGGCAGCCCCCUCACGGUGCGCACACUGGCCCCUGUAAACGUGGGCCCGGGCGCCCAGGUGAUGAGGCUCACUGUCCCGCAGCAGCAGCAGACCGUGAUGGUGUCCCAGGCCGGGGGUGUGGGCGGGACUGGUGUAGUCACGUUAUCUGCAGCCAAUCAGCCACGAGUGAUCAGCGGUGUUCUGAACGGCUCAGAGCUGCUGAUUGGAGGGGCAGGAGUCGCUCUGGAGAAAGUUAAAGUGGAAGCAGUUCCAGUUUCAAUUGGGGUCCAAACAAGUCCCAGAAAAGCCCCCGUGGUCAGCUCUGAGGCAGCGAGCGCAGAGGGAUCAAAGACAGAGGAGCCCGAGUGUUGAAACUCUGUGUUCGAAAGCGUAGUUUGUACAGAAGUCAUUUUUACUCUAUAACCAGCAGCAGUCUGUGAGAUUGAAACUUUUACUUUUCCCUUCUGCUGCACAAGACAUUUCUCAUCUGGUCCUCCUCAAAACCUCCACAAACCUGGAGACGGGCUGUGUACAGUUCAGACUGUAGCAUCUAACAUAGGAACAGACUCGAUGGUGAAACUAAAGGGACCAACACUAAUCACUACAAAUGUAACUGACAUUGUUGGAGAAAUGCACUCACUAUGACAACACUACACAUUCAGGCAAAUAAUUACAACCAAAUGUGAAGUGGAUGUAAUGAAGCCUUUUUUGAGGGCAUGUUUAAAAUGUUGACUUAUGGAUGUGAAAACCAGCAUCACUUUUCUAUCAUAUCACUGUGCAGAGGUGCUGCAGAAAGCCGAAGGGGCUCUGAGGGGAAAGGGAAGUCUAUGAUCAUGUAAAUAUAUACAAAAUAUAUUUACGGAGAAAAUGUUAACAGCAGUAGGUUUAAAUUUUAACUCUUUUGUUUCAUGUAUCUUUUGAACAGUAAGCUGAACUUUUGUUUUUCUUUUGAUACUUUGAACCAAGCACAGUAUUACUUAAACUAAGGGAGCUAAUACAUGUAUUUAUUAGUGUCUCUUUUAUCAGGCUGUUGAGUACUAGUAACAGCAGCAUUAUGUAGGUCAGAAACCAGGUUAUUUGCACUUUCCUUCUCAAAAGAGUUGAGAUUUGUCAAAUUUAUCUUGGUGUUUUUUGUUUUUGUUUUUUUCCAGUGUAAGCUGCAGCCACACUUUUGGGAAUGCAUUAAAAGGCCAGUGCAUGCAGUCAUGUAUUUGAGUUGAACAGAUGUACUGUAUCUGAGCUCACAAUGCAAUUUACAAUAUCAUCAAAUCAAUGACAAAUAUCAAAGGGUCAGGUCAAUUACGGCGACAUUCUCGUUUAGCCAUUUCAACCCACACAUUUCAGUUUUUAUGGAGGGAAGAGAUUUGCGUUCAGACUGAACUGUUUGUAUAUUCAACAUUUGAAGUAUAUUCUAUUUUGUUGUACUCUUGUUUCAAAGUGUAUUAAAGUAGAUUUUACUGAAACAUG